UAGAAAAAGCAAUAGCUGCGAAUCACGCCGCUCCUUUAAGUCACUAUCAGUACGGGAAUUUGUUUUAAAAGGAAUCACCAUUUUCUUAUCUGCAUUGUUCUUCUUUCUUCUUCUCCUUUGGUUGUGGGUUCGUUGGGUAGAGGUCGGGUUGGAUAGGUGGGGUAGGUAAUCCUCUGAUUCCAGUAUGUUAUUUAUCAAUUUUAGUUCAUAAUCAAAAUUAUAAUCCCAUUUUUAAAUUUGCAUUUUACUGCAUGUGACAGAUAGGGCUGCUCAUUGAAGCUGACAGUUUGCGUGUUCAGUGAUGACAAUGCAAUUAAAAAUGGGAUUAUUUUAUUUCUUACUCCAAACGAAAGAGUCCUAGAUUUGAUUUUUUGGAAGUACUUGUUAACAUCUUUACUCCAUUUACUGCAAAAUUUAUUUAUUGAAUCUUCUGACAGAUUCAUUACCCAAAAACAUUGAAAAAUUUUCUCAAGAAAAUCUCUACAAAAAAUUGCCUUCACUGGAAUGUAAAUUUGGUCAGCCCAAACAUUUGAUUUGAAUUGAUAUUGGCUUUUGAAUAGCCUUUAGAAAAAAAUUAAUCUGUCUGCGGUGAACUAGAAAAGGAUCGACAAAUUUGAUGGCUGAGAUUGGAUCAAAAAUCAAGAAGGGUCUGGUGAUUUUCAUUGGAUUGCUUCUUUUUGGUUGUGUGAUUGUUUCGGCAAAACAAAGUUCGAUAUUGGGAAAUGGAAGUUUAACAAACAAUUGGAUUACUGAAGAAUUUGGAUCAGCUUAUUUCAGUAAAAUAAUCAAUUUCUUGCAGCGAAGCAGGCACACACUUUACCAUCAUGUUUGGCCCAAACUAGAAUUUGGUUGGAGAAUUGUUGUGGGUACAGUGAUUGGAUUCUUUGCUGCUGCUCUUGGGAGCGUUGGAGGUGUUGGUGGAGGUGGAAUAUUUGUCCCAAUGCUCACUCUAAUAGUAGGAUUUGAUCCAAAGUCGUCAACUGCAAUAUCGAAAUGUAUGAUUACCGGUGCAGCAGGUGCUGCUGUAUAUUACAAUAUCAAGCUCCGGCAUCCUACACUUGAUCUUCCUAUCAUCGAUUAUGAUCUAGCUCUUCUUUUUCAGCCAAUGCUAGUGCUCGGGGUCAGCGUUGGAGUUAUUUUUAACGUGAUUUUUGCAGACUGGAUGGUUACAGUUUUGUUGAUUAUUCUUUUCAUAGGCAUGUCAACUAAGGCAUUCUUUAAGGGUGUUGAAACAUGGAAGAAAGAAUCCAUUAUGAAAAGGGAGGCUUCUAGACGCUUGUCAUCUGAUUAUAAUAGAAGUGAAGUGCAAUACAAACUUGUACCUGGAGUCCCAACUAAUGGAACUGGAGUACGUCUCAAUGAUUAUAAAGCAUCGGAGGUCUCGGUUAUUGACAAUGUCUAUUGGAAGGAACUCACCAUACUCAUUGCCGUCUGGGCCAUAAUCCUUUUACUUCAUAUCGGCAAGGAUUAUACAACAACUUGUUCAGUAGCAUAUUGGACUCUGACCUUGUUGCAGAUCCCUGUAGCAAUUGGAGCAUCUGGUUAUGAGGCAGUUGGUUUAUAUAAGGGUUGGAGGGUUAUAGCUUCAAGGGGAGAAGCACGAAAAAAUUGGACAGUGCAACAGUUGAUUCUCUGUUGUUGCAGUGGAAUUUUGGCUGGUGUGGUUGGUGGGCUGCUAGGCCUUGGUGGAGGAUUCAUAUUAGGGCCAUUAUUUCUAGAGCUUGGAGUUCCUCCACAGGUCUCAAGUGCCACAGCCACAUUUGCCAUGGUAUUUUCUUCAUCCAUGUCUGUAGUACAAUACUAUCUUUUGAAACGCUUUCCAGUAUCAUACGCUCUUUAUUUUGUUGCUGUGGCUACCGUUGCUGCAUUGGUAGGGCAGCACGUAGUAAGAAAGAUGAUUAGUAUAUUCAGACGAGCAUCCUUAAUCAUCUUUAUUUUGGCAUUCACCAUUUUUGCAAGUGCAAUUUCACUAGGUGGGGUUGGUAUAUCGCACAUUAUCGGGAUGGUGGAUGGAAAAGAAAACAUUUGGUUUUAUAACAUCUGUGAAUAAGAGCCGUAGGGUUUGAAGCAUUUGUGUAUGUACAAUUUUCUUUAGUAACAACUAUACUUAUUCUUCUUUCAAUGAUGUAAAUGUGUAAUAAUCCCAAGAAUUGAGAUGUUACCUUAUAAUCUGAUAUGGAAGAUCACAUUUUCUCUA